ACGUCGCGUUUUUUGUAUGAGAGCGUGAACGCGCUUUCCUCUCGGCUCGACCCGCCCCGCCGGUUUCCGUUCCUCCUCAGCCGCUGCCGGAGUUUGGGCCCGUAGAAGGAGAAAGGAAGCAGCGCCGGGGAGACGCAGCGGAGGAGCCCUCUCAGGUAGAGGAGUCGGAGAGGCCGCGGGGUGAGGGAAGGGGGCGAGGGCGGCGAGGAACGCGGGAGCGGAGAGGCUCCUGGCCCUGCGUGGCCGCUCCCUGUGCGGCCUGCCCCACCCGACAGCCAGUGGCCACUGGGGGAGCGGGAAUUUCCUCGGCUCUUCCUGGUGAGGCGGUUGGAGUAGGAAGUGCCCACACACACACACACACUACGUGGGCGGGCGGGCGAGGGGCUCGUGGCCACAAGCUAAGGCGGGGUGGGGGUGGGGGGGAAGCGGGAGGGGAGCCUCCCGCUGUCUGUGGGUGACGGGGCCGCCCGAGCCUUUUAUUUUCCUGGUGCGAGAAGAGGUGGCUCAGCCGCCGCCUUCCCCCUUCGGGUGGAGUUCGGGAACUGCCUGUUCCAAGCGGGUGGCGGGUCUCCAGGUGAGCCCAGCGGGGAUGCCAGGCGGGGGCUCCCCACGGCGGCCCUCCUUUAGCUUUAAAACAUAAGUUUCUGUCGAUUGUUUGGGAUGGAGGAAGGGUGGUGUUUCCUCUCUUGUUUGUCGAGCUGCUCUUUUACCUCCUGGGCGGCCUUGGCGUUCUUUUUUUAAAGCAAAAAUAACUCUUGAAAAUACCAUGAAAAGUGCCCUAAUGUGCAGUGCUGGGUUUUAGAUUUCGCAGAGCCUCUGGGCUGUGUAGUGGUGUAGCCCCGGCGCUGAAUCUUUGUAAGGGUUUCUUCUCCAGAAGUGUGUGGGUGUUCUCAGAUCAUAAUAGGAGGCCCAAAUGGAGAAGACACGCUGUGUGACUGAAUAACGUUGUGUUUUGCUGAAUAAUGUACUAGAAGCAUGCAGUUAACUUCCAGAUUUGCUGCUGAUUUAGAUUUUCAUCCCGGUAGCAUUCUGUCACAUCAUCAACUUCAGUUUUGUGCUUGGUUUUGUUUGUUUGUAGAGGCUUCUUUACAUUAACUUAACUGAUUACCUCAUAAGACAAACAAUGCAAGGGGUUGAUGUGACCUGAUGCGAAUUUCAGCUGAAGCCAAACAGGUUUUUUUCUCAAAUGUACAGUCACCCUCAAGAGUCACUAAUCAGACCCAAAUUUCCUUUACAAUUUAUUUUGAAAUAACUUUUGCUAAUUAUUUGGGAUCUAUUCUUAAUGUGUAUUUUCAGCAUGUUGGGUCUAUCCAUAAUAUAUACUUUGAUGCUUCAAAGCACAUACGUUUCAGUAAUCCUUGUGAUAGCCCUGUAAGGCAGACCAGUAUCAGUUUCUCACACUGCAGAUGGAGUUCAAGCCAAGAGGACAGUGACUUGCCCAAGGCCAUCUAAGCGUGUUGAUGGCUAAAUUGGCAGGUCUUCUCAAAUUUUUUAGCAGAAUGUUUUUAUAUAAUCCAAUGCUGAAUGGGUUCAAAUGUUUACUCUUCCAUGAAGCUCAUUGCAUGACGUUGGUCAGUCAUUAUCUCUCAACUUAAACCUACCUCACAGGGUGUAUGUGAGACUGAAAGGAGAGGCCCUUCUCUUGGAAAAGGAGUGGUGUAAAAAUGUAGUAAUAAAAUUAUAAUGUUGACCCCUUUUUGGUUAGAAUGAUAGGGAGCAAUUUAUCUUUGCAACAAAAAUAAUAAUAAUGGGUGGAAUUCAAUGUCCCACUACGGUAAUAUGAUCAUUCUGUCAGUGCGGGCACUGCUUGGCAGGUAUAACAUCUCUCCUCCCCUGUGUGCUGUUCUAGAGGUUCUAGGUAUUCAGAGCAGAUUGUGGGAGAAGGUGAAGGGCUCCAUUGCACUAAGAGGUCUUAGGCUACCAGGUUAAUUCAAUCCAGCUCAAUGUAGUAAACAACAACAACAACCCCCCUAAAUACUCAAUGUUAUGCUGUUCUGGCUCUCUUAUACAGCAGGUUUUGAAAUCUUUUCUGUAUCUAACCCGUCUUAUGUUUUAGUCUGGAAGAAUAGAUCUGUUUGGUAAUGCAGCCAAAGAUCCAACCCACUAGGUGUGAAUAAAUAACCAAAUUAGUAGCAGUGGCCUGUAAUGCUUCCUGUAGCAGUAUUUACUCUAGAAGUAGCAGACAAUUAGUGAUCAGCAUUCAUAUUCUUAUAUAGCCCAUUCCACGAUCUGCAGGUUGAUAUCUUUUCCUGAUAGCCACCUGUCAAAUAAUAUUUAAGGACUCUAAAGUAACUGUUGUGAUUGGUGGGGUUGCUAUGGUAAUGCUGUAGGUUUAACACUGCAGUGGGAGGGCUGUGUAAGCAUAGCUAGGAAGAGGAAACGUUUAUGCAAUAUUCUGUGUUUGAAAUGUUUCAAAGGGUAAGAAAGAUUGAGAAGUUGUACUCAAAUUACCUACAAAUUGCUAGAGUAUGUUGGGCUUGGUUGCCACUAUAUAAUUAGGAAUUUCUGUCUGGCUUAAAGUGUUAUGAUAAACAAUGAAAGUACAGUAACCGAAAAUGUGGGGGUUUUUUCUUCCCUUUCCAAUAGCAUACUAUAGGUGUAGGGAACCUUUGGCUGUCCAGAUGCUGCUGGACUCCAUCUCUCAUCCUUCCUGACCAUUGGCCAUGCUUGCUGGGGCUGUAGUUCAGCAACUUCCAGAUAACCAGAGGUUUCCCACACCUGGAAUACUACAUGAAAAUUACCAUUCAAUUCUUUACAUGCAUAGUGUAUUAUGCUUGUUUUGAUUUAAUGAAUCUGCUUAAACACUUGCAAUUGUAACAGUGAUCAGUAAGGAUUUGUGCCCUUCUCCCAGCAGUUCUUCUCAAGCACUGUCUUCUCUGCCCAAUGAACCAGCCUACUUUAUUGCUGUCACAAACUCUACUUUCAUCCAUACUUCCUUCGAUUGAAUAUUGCAAGCUUGCUAUUUGCGCUCUCCUUAUUUUCCUGAAAAGUAGCCAGUAAACUAAUCUAUGGCUUUGAGUAAAACAUUUCCACCCAUACUUCAUGUAUAUUAUUGCCUUGUUUAAAUGUUUCAAGGUCUGUCCAUAUGAUCUACAAGCCUGUCUUUAUUAUCUUGAGUCUCUUGUGCUCCAGUACUUUUUUGCAGGAAGGGUGCAUACAUUUUAUCCCUACCCAGUUGCUUUUUAAUUGUCAAUUAGAAAGAUUUAGAGUAGCUAAAUUACAUAUAUUUUGGAAUGGGGAAAAACUUUCACAUAGGUAAACUGGCCUUGAAUAUGAUUUUUUCUCAGCUGGUCGCUGGUAGUGCCCUAGUACCCUUUAGAAUUUCACUAAAUCAGUACAAAUUGCACCUUCAGAUGUCUUUGACGUUUGUAAUGCUUCUCAUGAAAUGAGUUAUGACUGAUUACUGUUGUAGAAAAUUUGAUUUGGUCAUACUUAAAAGUCCAUUCUCAAUGCCUUCCAACAGAGCAAUUAUUUCAUUUUGCAGAACUGAAUGGAGAAAGUUGAAUACCCACAAUUAGAAAUAAUGCAUCUACUGUUAAUUGCACAGUUAAAGGUGUAAGGAGAAAAGAGUGCAUAGUUGGGACAAGACUCUAAAGAUCACUUGAGGUGAAAGUACUCUUUUUCUUCUUUUUUUGCAACUUAUCGCAUAUUGGAUCCACAUAUCACACUUCUGCAGGUGAUAUUUUCUACACAACCAGAAAGAGGCAUGUGGACAUUGAAGGUUAUGCUUGGGGACCAUCAUCCUCUCAAGACUCCUCUUAACUUCUGCAGAGGAGGCAGGCUCUAUCAGUUCAGUGAAUGAGAGCUCCCUUUUGUUCUCUGAACUAUCUCUUAGUUCUUUCUUUGCAAUUUUGGACUCGAGAUGUUUUGAGAUAGAAUCAAAUGGAACAAUCAUAAGUGAAGUGUGUUCACUUGGAAUCACCAAAUGAAUUUUCUCAGAAAGUUAAUAUCUGACUUAAUUUCUGACUUAUUCACACAUGGUGCAAUUAGUUAGGGUUAGGGUUAGGCUGUUUUCAACUGUUUUUGCCAGCACUGUGUGUACUGUACAAGUAUAGAAGAAAAUAUAUAUUUCAAUGUAUAGCAAUUAAUGCACUUAGCUUUUUACAUCUAGCUUCUCAAUACACAGUAUUCUGCAGAUAUUAAAAAAUAACUAUCCACCUAAAAAUAACUAGCCAGACAUAGAUUUUUAAAGUACUCUGAAAAGUUUGUAGUGUUGGGAACAACUGUGUAGUAAGUUUCACAAUUUGAGGGCCAGCAUUGCAAAGUUCCUACUGACCAAUUGACCUUACAAGAGAGCCUCUGAGGCGGAUCAUAAUGCCCAGACAGGCUCAAUCAGAUGUAGGUGGUCCCCGGAAUAGUGUGGUCCCAAACUGUUUAGAGCAGGCAUGUCCAAAGUUGGUUUCGGGGGCCUAAGCCAGUCUGCCAGUCGAUUUAAUCCUGCCCCUGUGGCAGUAUAUGUCCUGGGGUAAAAUCCUAAAAAAAAGCUCAGCAACUUUGGGGUAAAAUUGUAAAAAAAGCUUAACAACUUGAGAGUUGCUCCUCUGCCUUGAUGACUUUGAUUACCCUGUUCUGCACUUUUCCCCACUCUACAGUAUCCUUUCUGAGUUGCAUUUACCAGGACUGUACAGAGUACAGUGGUACCGCGGGUUAAGAACUUAAUUCGUUCUGGAGGUCCGUUCUUAACCUGAAACUGUUCUUAACCUGAGGUACCACUUUAGCUAAUGGGGCCACUGCACUUUUGCCUUGUAAUUUCUGUUCUCAUCCUGAAGCAGUGUUCUUAACCCGAGGUACUAUUUCUGGGUUAGCAGAGUCUGUAACCUGAAGCGUCUGUAACCUGAGGUACCACUGUACUCCAAGUGUGGCCGCACCAUUGAUUUGUAUAAUGGCAUUAUAAUAUUGGCAUUUUUAUUUUCAGUCCCUUUCCUAAUUAUCCCUAACAUGGAAUUCACUUUUUUCACUGUUGAUGCACCAAAUCCACUAUGACCUCAACAUCUCUUUCCUGGUCACUCACCAUCUGUUGAGACCACAUUAGCAUAUAUGUCAAGUUAAGGGUUUUUACCCUAAUCUAGGUCACUUUAGACUUGCUAACAUUGAAUAGUAUUUGUCAUUUUAAUGCCCCUUCACCCAGUUUGCAGAGAUCUUCCAUGGAUCAAAGAUUCUUAGCUUGGUGCAAGGACUGUUUGGCAUUCUGCAGGCAUAGUGUAGUGCCAGUGUGGUCCACUUGAAUUGAGUCCACUUGCACUCAGGCAAGUUGGGCAUCAAGGCAUUUGUUUUCCAGCCCUGCAUUGUAAAGCGUUGAUACAAACUUGUUCCUCAAGUAGUGUUAAUACUCCUAUGAAUUUUGGCCACAAAUUAAUAUUACUUUCACCUCAAGAAAUGCUAAGCUUUUGAUCUGUAGGUGUUGAGAUGUUUACAGUUCUUUCCUGUAGCCUUUAUGAUUAAACUCUUCAUAAUUGGUUGCUUUAAAAACUUAGUAGCAAACUUCACCUUUCCAACAUUAAAAAUUGCCAAUCUGGUAUCUUGAGAUUCCGUCUAAUUUUGUAAAGCUUAGUAUUUGGAUAUGACACUGGCAGUACAUUUCCAGCACUUGAAGUCUGUAAGAUGACUUCCUUUGUUUUUGUUUCAGUCUAAUUGGUUUAAUCAUGAAGUGUGACUCGGUGUUUUCUUUUUUAAAAAAAUAUUUGAUUUUUCAGAUUUUAUAAUCACAAUUAUUCAUAUAUUCAAUGAUUUUCCAAGAAUAUAGUAUAGAUUUCCCCCCACCCCUGUCCUGAAUUCCAGUUUCCUCCCCCAUAAUUUCUUGCAUCUCAUUUUAUUUCUCCAAACUUUGUUUUCCCUCUUAUUUAUCUUAAUUCCCAAUUAUAUAAUUACAUAAAUGUUAUAUCAAACCUGCUAACAUUUUACUAUAUUUACAGUGGUCUUUUAAAUAGUCUAUAGCAGGCAUGUCCAACUCCCAAAAAACAGGCAGUGAUCUACCCAUUGUCAUUGGAAGGAGGAGUGUGCGUGGGGUGGGUGGAAGUGAAGUGCCCAGAGUUGUUGAGCUUUUUGCAGGGGCAGGAUUGCACAGAGUUUUUUAGGUUCCCCCCAUAACUUUUUGUACACAAUAAGGAUCCCGCGAUCUACCAGGAUCAGACAAGGAUCUACUGGUAGGUCGUGAUCUACUGAUUGGACAUCCCCGGUCUAUAAAUAUCUUGCAUUCUUGCUGAAACUUUUUCUCAUCUUGAUCUCUGGUCUUCAUGGUCAUCUUUGCCAUUUCAUCAUAAUCCAUCAUCUUAAUUAUCCAUUCUUCUUUUGUUGGUACAUUUUCCUCUUUCCAUUUCUGGGAAAGUAAUAUUCUUGCGGCCGUUGUUGUGUACAUAAAUAGUCUUUUUAAGUCCCUUGGUAUUCUGUCCCCUGUUAAUCCAAGUAAAAAUGCUUCUGGUUUUUUGACAAAAGUUAUUUUAAACAUCUUUUCAAUUCAUUAUACAGUAUAUCAUUUCCCAUAAGUCUUUUACUUUUCUACAGGACCACCACAUAUGGUAAAAAGUAUCUUCCUUUUCCUUACACUUCCAGCAUACAUUUGAUGUACUUUUAUACAUUUUUGCUGAUUUUGUUGGACUCAAAUACAUUCAAUACAUCAUCUUCAUAUAAUUUUCUUUCAGCGAACAGCAAGCUGUAAAUUUUAAAUCCUCUUUCCAUAACUUCUCCCACUGAUUUAAUGGUAUAUUUUACCCCACAUCCUUUGCCCAAUGUAUCAUAACCGCUUUAACUUCCUUGUCCUUUGUCUCCCAUUCCAACAGUGAUUUAUACAUUUUUUAUAACAGUUUUUCAUUAUUGUCUAAUAAAUCUUUUUUCAGACCUUGAGAAUUCUUUUCCAAAACACACACCUUUAUCUUUCCUGAAUAUAUCAUUCAGUUGAUGGUGUUGUAACCAGUCUGAUAACAUAUACCUUACUUCAUUGAUCUGGUUUCCAUUGAACAUAUACCUUACUUCAUUGAAUUGGUUUUCCACCUCCAUUAACAAUUCUUUAUAAGUCGCCCAGCCAUCUUUCAUAUUUAUAUUUUUAAUAGAUAUCACUUCUAAUAGGGAGAGCCACCAUGGUGUUUUAGUUUCCAACAAGUUUUUAUACUUUCCCCAUAUUUCAUAAAUUGAUUUCCUUACAAUGUGGUUCAGGAAUCCCUUAUGUACCUUUGUUUUUCCAUACCAUAAAUAAGCAUGCCACCCAAAUCUGUUGUCAUGCCCUUCCAAAUCUAGUAGGUCUGUAUUCCAUUCCCAUAACCAGCAAAGGCAGGACACCUCAUAGUACAGUUUCAGAUCUGGCAGGAAGAAUCCACCUCUUUCUUUAGCAUCUGUUAACAAUUUAUAUUUAAUUCUGGGUCGUCCCCCCACCAGACAAAUUUGGAAAUAUAUUUUUGCCAUUGUUUAAAGUGUCCUGCCCCCCUGACCACAGAUAUCAAUUCAAAUAGGAAAGACAUCCUUGGUAAUACAUUCAUUUUUAUCACAGAUAUCCUUCCCCUUAACUCGGUGUUUUCAUUAAUAUUUCUACCUUUCAUAAUUCUGUAGGUAUGAUGAAAUAAAUUUGCACUGAACCCUAUAAAAGCUGAAAAGGAACAAAGAAAAAUGACUAGAACUGCCUUUUCAAAUUACAGUCUUAUGCAAGUUUUCACAAAUUUGCUUGCCAAGGAUCAGGAACUCUUCUCAGCUUGAACUUCUCAGCUUGACCUGCCUUUUUAUCUUCUGAGUUGGGAUAUGGAUUUUUUUUGUACUGAGCUGUGAAAAAGCAAAAGUGACAAGAGACUUGCAUUGCUUCUAUCUUUUCCAAAAGCCCAGAAUGGUAUAAUACUACCAGUCACUUUCCUAAAUCUUCAGACAUAAACAGAAGACUUGGGAGGAACUGACUGUGAUAAAAAAUUAAGGUUGGCUAAUAAGUUGAUUUAAGUACCAGAGCACCAACAGAAGGGUGGCCAAUGUUCACUUAAAUACCAGAUAAGUGAAAGACUACUGUUAGUAUUUUUUUCUGCAACUUUAUUAUCCUUAAAAACAACAAAACUCUUUACGUUCCUGUACUUCUAUAUAUGACUACUUAAAUCACUUCAGCAUAAUAUAAAUUACCAGAAUAUGUUGGGUCCAAUGAAGAUUGAAAACCCCCCCCCCAUCUGCCGAAUGCAUUUCAACCAUAAGGUGGUCUUCAAUGGUUAAUAAUAGUAUUGCAUAUCUCUCAAGCAUUGGAAGUUCUUUCAAAACAUCUGUCUCCAAAAAUGCUAGUUCUUUCAUAUACGGGGAAUCUUGUAAACAAGUUGAAGUGUUUUAAUAUUUCAUAUCUCUUUGAUACCUUACAUCUAUUAAACAGUUUCUAAGAUAUACAAUUCCACCAAUACUCUUUAUGUAGCAUACUUCGGUACAUUUUCUGGAAGCUUGGUUGGGAUUUGAUUUUAUGUAAGUAAAUGAAAACUGGUAGCCUUGGAGCAAGAAGCUUGUGUUGCUUACCAGCUGGACCCUGGCUCCAGUUGGCAUGAAGGUGCUUGGCUGGAGUGCUUGCAGGAUUUUAUUCACAUUGCUGACCCAUCCAGUUAGGAAACAGCUGAUGAUUAAAAUUCAAUUUCUGUAUACAGAGUAAAUUUAAUAGUAGGAUCAUUUAGAUGCUGCUUUAAGCUCAAUCAUACCCAUCAUGCAUUGUAAAUCAGAUUGGAGCUUCAAAUUCCUAAACUUGGAAUUAGAAUAGCUUCAGGCAAAGACAUCCCAGAACUUUUCAUUUCAAAUAUAUGUACAGCUUCUAAGCUUGAGGUGGAGGGGGGGGAGACACUUGCAUAAUAUUAAAAUCCAUAGUCACUCAGUAGCUGCAUUUGAAUGUAACCCUAAACCUUUGACUUGUGCACUCCCAUCUCCUUCAGCGUAUCUGCAAGAACCUUUGCUUAGAUUUUAAGUUAACUUCAGCUUGUUCUAUUGUCUGCUUGUUCUGUCUUCCAGACCCAGACAAAUCAUAACUAUGGUUUGUUUAAACAAGCUAACUUCAAACCUCAGUUUAUAAAGCGGACUUGUUUCAGCAAACCAUAGUUAAGAUUAGCCACAGUUCAGGUUUAGAUGAUGUAACAAGCUGAAGCAAAAGCAUCUGAGUUCCUUAUGACUGUGCCAGGGAGGAAGGGGAGCCAGAGUUUGAGAUUUGUUCCAACUUGUUUUCAUAAUGCUCAGCUAUGAUUUAGCGUUAUACGUGAAGAAGGCCAAUGACUACCAUUAGGUUCAGAUUCCCUUUGCAGCAUUGCUUGAGAUCAGCCUGUCUCCCUACCCCUGAUUAUAAUCCUUUUGGUUGGUUGGUUGGUUGGUUGGUUAGUUUUAUGUUAGUUGCCUAAUUUUAUUUGAGUUCAUCCUUAAGAGAAAUAUUAGUUACAAUCCAGACUUAAGUGUGUGUAAUGGGACUAGCAGAAGCUGACUUUUCCAGACUCCUGAAAAUGCUCCACUGAGUAGCAGGGCCCUGCUGAAGGGGAUGGGCUGUGGCACUUAGGGGGACCCCCCAAAAUCAAGCAGAAGCAACUUCCAUAAGCUGGAACUACACUCAAUGCAGGUUCUUUGGUCAAUUUGGGGGGAUUUCCCCCAACCUUGAUGCUUAUAACUCUUCUACCACUGCAGCAUUUUUACUUGCCAAAGUAAUUAAAUAUCUAAUAUUUGGUUUAGAGUAAAAUGUGCAAAAUUAGCAAAUAUACUUAAAAUGUAUUUGGUUAGCUUGAAUCACACUAGUAUGGGUUUUCUUGGCAAACAACUUGCAUUUUGUGACAACACAAACUGCUCUUUGUCUGCCAGUAACAUUCUGGAAGCAGGAGUUCAUUACUUCUAUAUAGCCAUUUUUGCCGAGACAGACUCAGUUCUAUGUAUAUUUGGAGGUGAGCCCAAGUCAGUGUGUUUGGAAUGGGUUUUUCUUUGUUCUAAGAUUUCAGAAGUUGUAACCAAUUCCUUACUAAGAUACAUAAGGGUAAACAGUCUAAAUUUGCAAACGGGUCAGACUUUUAGUAGUUGCGGCUGAAGUUGUUCAUUCUGGUUCUGAUUCAAUCCAGAAAUGUAUUUGAGACUCAAAAUUACUUUUGAGUGCAGAGUGUACACCACCUAAUUAAAACAGCCUAAAGAAAAGAGAAAUUCAGCCUUCCAUUAAAGCUACAGGUGGCUUGCCUGUGGCCCUCCAGAUAUUGCUCAACCAUCAAUCCCACAAGCAUAGUCAUUUAUCAGCCAUGAUGGGAAUUGUAGUCAAGUAGCAUCUAGAGGGCGCAGGUGGGCCACAGGGUAGCCCCUGCUAUCUUAAAGCCUUUCCCCGCUAAAUGUUCUGACUACAUACUGUUCAUAGAGUGGCUAGGGAAGCCCGGCCAGAUGGAUGGGGUACAAAUAAUAAAUUAGUAGUAGUAGUAGCUGGUACUUUCCUUUUCCAAAAGAAGUUUAAAUAUACCUUCUGGUCAUUCUUUUUCCUAUUAGUCUUCUAUGUUUUACAUAGUGUUAUGGAACUACACUAUGAGGUAGAAUAUAAUUUUAUAAUCUUGGUACAGGAACUAUCCAGAAAUAUGAUGCCCUUCAGUGGGGAUUGUAUUUGUGUCUAUGCCUUCAUUUCCUGGAUCUUGAUUCUUCCCCCUUCCCUGCCCCCAAAUAUACAGAAUCUAUUAUCCAGGAACUUUUGAUUCAGGCAAAACUGAAGACCUGCAGGAGGCUAGAAGGGAGAGACAUGUACUUCCUUCCUUAAAUGUCAACACCAAGGAAUGACUCAUAGUCACAACCACUUUUCUAAGGUUUGUCAACUUUGGGGUUUUUUUGUUUUUUUGUUUUUGUUCCUCUACAUGAAUUAGAAACCUUAUGUGUUUAUCUUUCACACUUAAUUGGGAGUAAACUUCAGCUUCUUGGUAGCUGCAACCCACUUCAGGAUGUUUCUGCUGCUGUCCUGCAAUUUGGCUCAUGGUUCAAGAGUAAUUCUUUCUGAAUUGUCCUUUGCCUUACUGUCAGAAAACAUUUGGUUGGCUGUACUGCCGCAGAGGCAUUCCCAAAACUUGCUUCACAGAAGACUCUCUUUUGUUUUUUGUUUUUUUAAUGAUAUUUAUUAAAAUUUCAAAGGAUACAAAAAUUACACAAAAACAAAAACAAAAAGUAAAAAUACAAAAAGUAAAAAUACAAGAAAAUAGAAAAUACAGAAAAAAGAGUAAGGAAAAAAAACAAAACAAAUUCAUUAUUUUCAGACCCUUAACUAUCGUUGCCUUCUUUCUUAGACCUCCUCCUCCUCCCUUCCUUUGUAUUCUAGUUAUUAAUUAUCCCAGCAAAUCCUUUCCUUUCCAUGUUUCAAAAAAUUCUAUCAUUACAUUACCCUCGACUAAUUUAAUCCUAUCUUUCUACAAUAAAAUAAACCUUAAAGUUUAAAACUUAAGUCUUAACCUUACCAGCUUCUUGUGAUCAUAAUGUUCUUUCAUAAUUCUUUAUACAUCUUUACUAAAGCCAGGUAAUUUCUUCCAACAUUUUUCUAUCUUUCAUCAACUUUGUAAACAUUCUAAUAAUAAAGAAAAAGAGAAAAAAAAAGAUAUAGACAAGUCCAGUCUUUAUCCAACGUCCCUUCCUCCUGGUUCCGGGAUUUGUCAGUCCUUAUUCCCAUCAGUCUAACCCGGUGACCUUAUGUCCGAGGCCCUCAGAUCACUUCCAUAGCCCUUCCGCGGCUCUUCUUCAUACUUAUAGCUGUAAUUUCCCUUAUCUCCUCGUGAUAACUCCAGCUUGACAAUGUCUCUUGCUCGUGGUAACUCCAACUUAGUAAUGUUUUUAACCCUUCUCGUCAGAUCAGACCCUUUUCCGUAUCACAGAAGACUCUCUUUUGAGGAGGGGCAUACUAAAGCAUUGUCUACAAUAUUUGUGUGUGUGUUUAGUCAAUUUCUAUGCUCCCUUCAGUAUAAAUGUUUAGGUUGGUAAUUAAUCUACACAGCUAUAUUAUGACUUUCACUUUUAUAUCUGCACUUUGAGUUUGGUUGAAUAAAGAUAAUUUGAAUUAUUUUCUGAUUAGUUAUCAAAUAAAAGAAGUGAAUUAGUCUGCAUGGAGGACGGUGAAAAAUUAUUCCAGUGAUGGGCUCUAGAGUGCUCAAUUAAUACAUAUUAGCUGCUGAGAAAUUGCAGUGUUUCAGGAACCAGCUAUAGCUGACUACAAAAUGAGGCUGUCAGAUACUUGAAGUCACCUGAAAGUUUGUUGUAUCCUAUAGCAAUCCCAGUUCACUUGAUUAGAUGUCUUCAGUUUGUUGCUACUACUUCAGCAUAAUUCUGUUUAGUAGACUUAGUAAAGUAGCAAUUGAAGGCAAUUUGAUAAUUUUAUUUAUUUAUUUUUAUUUUCAAUAUUGGUCCCGAGUCAAAAUGUAUUAGGAAAAUGUUUACUAAAACAUUCGUCCUGCAGGUAAAGAAGGCAUUCAGUGCAGACUCUUAUUGUCCUGCUUAUUUUUUCUUCUGUAGGCGAUAGUGAAUUUGCUUAUAGCGUUAUUGCAUGCUCUGAUCUCUCAAAUCCAAUUUAGCUUUCUUAGGAAGUAUCCUUGGCUCUUGUUUUAUCAAAAUUGAAGCUGUUUAUACUGAGGCUGAAAUUGCCUCAAUACAGAGGGUAUGAAAUGCAGUUUACGGCACUGAUUGCAGUGAAGUUCCAGUUCCAUUAAAGCAGCUUUUAGGCACAUACAGAUCCAAAGAACCACUCUACUAGUAGGUCUGUGUGUCCAACUGGUUUCAAAGGUGGAUGUUUCCAGACAAUAGUCUCCUUUACAGAAAAGGCACUACUUCUGAAACCUAUAGUAGGUUUAAAAGCCAUUUGUGAUUUGGCAAGCAAGGGUGAUGUUUCAGUUGACCUUUCAUCUUCUCUCUGGUCAUAUACAGACAUGGAAAGGUUACACCCUGCUUAUUGCACUAGCCUACCAGAUUAAGAUACUUAACUCAAGUGGAAUCAUUAACUUUAAUAACUGUGCAGUUGUUAUGUGAAUUAUUUUUCAUUUUCAGUAAAAAUAAUAUAUAUAUUUUCAAGGUGGAAAUACUAAUAUUAUGAAGAUAGUCCUAAUUUUAUAGGGUUGGAUCCAGGCAUGUCCUUCUACAACUGAGGGGCUCCUUUGGUUUGUGGAGGGGACUCCAAUCCAGCACAAAUUCCUGUUGGAGCAAACUGGCAAAUUGAUCAGAGCAGUAGGCAGGAUCCUGUUCUGGCCCACCAACUGCGGGCCACUUUUGAGACGUGGGCAAGACUUACCCACCUGUUAACAACCUGACACUAUAUAUCAUAUAACUUCAAAGAAAGAAUCAGGGUUGCACUUAAGCACCCCAAUUCUUCCCUUUUUCGUUGCAGCCCAAACUUGAAUUCAAGCUGCAGCUGCAAAGAUUCCUGCUGUCUGUAAGCCCUGCUUUCAGCAGCGUUCAGCUGCACCCAAAAACUCCUGAGUAAAACCACUCCCAGCAGGGCUUAUAUUUUGUGCCAUAUUUAAAAAGCAUCAAACACUGGCUCCAUUUGAUGGGGAGCAAUUGGAAGCACCACCACUCUAUCAGAGAGUUCCGCAUCCCUCUAGAGCAGAUUUUUAUGGGCUGCAGAGAGGAAGAGGAGAAAUCUCCUUUAAUCCAUUAGCGCAUGAGUGUAAUUUCACUCAUGGGAAAUAAGGAUCUAGCCCAUAAAGUUAUUAAUACAUAUUUGCUUAACUUCCACAAGUGAGGAAAACAGUGGUUCAGUUAGGACUGCAGAAACCAUUUAAAAAUUAUUCUGAUACUUAAUGCCAGUAUAGGUACAAUGUUAACUUGCAGUAGGUAAAUGUCAUUAAUGUCAGAUCUCUAUAUUUUGGUGUGGGACUUGAAAAGAAGGAAUGAUUUAUAAAACCUAAGUCACUGUGUUCAUUGUAAUUGAAAAGCUGACAUAAGUCACCAAAAUAACACACUGAAAGCAAGUUUUGUUCUGUCUUAAGUCUUUAAUUUAGAAAGCUAACGUAGCAUUUGGCAGCUGGCAACAGCUUACCUCAUGCACUUAAUUUAACAACAGGAAGCAGCUUUUUAACUCUCGCAUAACUUUUUUCCCUAGUUCUUCCUAUCACCCGAUGGAUACCAGAAAAAGUAUUCUGCAAAGCUAGCAGGUGUAAAUAUAUUGCUUUUAGAUUUUUAAAACUUAAUUGUCCCCUUGUUUGCAACAGGCUGCAAGACAUCUUAAAGCCUACUCUUUGUGGUUAAAAAGCAGAUAGAUCUGAAGGAAGGAGGGGAAGAGCUCAUUGUAUGAAAUUAAUGACUGAGGUAGUUUCCUUGUGUUGCCUGUGUAUAGGACAGAUUGUAUAUGUCUAGCACAAGUAUCACAAAUUCUCAGAGAAGCAUCUUCCAUUGCAUGUUUAAUAAUCUAGUCUUCUAAUUUAUUUCUGCAUUUUUCUUAAGCGUAACACACACUUCUGUUGUUUAGCUGUCUGCAAGUUAUGCCUCUGCUGCUUCAAUUUUGCAUGUAAAUAUUUGUGUAAAAUAGUUCGCACCUGAAAAAUUCAAAAAGCUCAAAGAAGCUUAAUUCAUGACAUUUCAUUAUUGACGUAUGUGGAAUUAUGGCAGCAAAAAAAAUUAUACAUCUUGGAUACUGUCAACUAAGAACCUGAAAAUUACCUUGGUUUAUGAUGUUUUAAUACAACACAGCCUUGAAAAUCUACAAGUUACUAGGUCACCCUGCCUCCAUAUACUUGUGUUAAUCACUUGUGGUUUAAAACAAAUUUACAAAAACUACAUGGCCACCUGGAGACAAUGCUUAACUUUCCACAGCAACCAAGCAAGUGGCUGUUUAUAUGCCUAAUGUGACACCUGUUAAUGAGAUGGAUAAGAAUCUCAGAAUGGAGACAAUUAGGCUUUAUUCCUGCACAUACUUAAGUUAUAAACUCCCCCCCCAAAGCCAUUAUGUAUUCAUUUUUAUGCAAACUUAAGACUUUGACCCAAAGAAAUCUCUGUGUUAAAAAAGAAUCCUUAAAAAAAUCCUCAGUUGCUUAAACACAGUAGUGUGAAAUUGUACUUCAACUUUCUGAUAAAAUGUUCUGGCAAGCUGAAAAUGGUGAUGUGGGACAAGCUGACUGUUCUUUUGCAGACUAUUAAGGCUUAAAAGCACUGAGCUUUGGGCAUUGAGCUUCAGACUUGUAGCUUCCCUUUCAGUCUGUACUGCCCAGGUCUUUCUUCUCUGCUAUCAAAUGUUACAUGAAAGUACAGUGGUGCCCCACAAGACGAAUGCCUCGCAAGACGGAAAAACCGCUAGACGAAAGGGUUUUCCGUUUUGAAGUUGCUUCGCAGGACGAAUUCCCCUAUGGGCUUGCUUCGCAAGACGAAAAUACCUUGCGAGUCUUGAGAUUUUUUUCCCGCUUUUCCCCCUUUAUCUAAUCUGCUAAGCCUUUAAUAGCCUUUAAUAGCCUUUUAGCAGCUAAUCCCCUAAGCCUUUAAGCCUUUAAUAGCCGCUAAACCGCUAAUAGCGCUAAUAGCGCUAAUCCGUCAAUGGGCUUGCUUCGCAAGACGAAAAAACCGCUAGACGAAGACUCUCGCGGAACGGAUUAAUUUCGUCUUGCGAGGCACCACUGUAUGUGUAUUUUCUCUUUCAUUUUUCAAGGAACUAUAAAUUACUGUAUUCAGUGCUACAUUCAUAAUGCUUGCAUUGGUUUGUAUCAUUGUAUAGAAAUAGACAAUUUGUAGGCAAGGAAGUGGCACUCUAGAUGGUUCAGUGAUAUCUCCUAGGCCUAGAUGGAAUAUUCUCUAAACAAGAAUAAGAAUACAGUAUAUUAGUUGUGUGUUCUCAUGCUGAACUCCCUAAGCAACUUAGGGUACUGAUUUUUCAUUGUCUGAAAAUAGUUUUGGCAAGGGAUUAUUGAUGGUUCACGAAGUUUAAUUUGGAGGCAGGCCUUUUUUUUCUUCUUAAGUCAACUAGCAAAUAGAUAAAAUAAUGCAAACCCCCCAGUUUUUGUGAUAGUGACACAGCCCUUUUAGUUUCACUGAAAUUUGCUGAGUAAUCAUCUUCUUAGGGUUAAAUAAAACCCAUUACCCUUCCACACAGAAAUUCAGAAGUCUUUUCUCCAGAAUGCUGUAUUGUGUUAUAUGUAGCUUAGAAGUAGCAGCUCUUGGUGCACUUAAGGAGAAAUAGCAGUAAAGAACAGUGGUGAUCUCAUGGCUAUUUUUGUAUUCAAGUGUGCUUGUUCCAGAAAAGACAAGCCAUGGGAAAUGUAUGUAUCCAUGACCUUCGUUUGUUCCUAAAUGGAAACAGGCCUCUAAUAUUGGAAUGAAGCAACAUACUUAAAAGCAACAUUUUAAAAACAUGAAAAAUUCUUGAAUAUCAAGUUCAAAGGUACGAAUGUAAUUGAUUAUAGCAUUGCUUUUGUCUCUGACCAGGUUGCUGAACAAGCAACAUUCUUGGGACUUAAUAUUGCCAAAGUACUUUCAAAUGCUGCAGAACACAGAAUGUCUUCAGGUAUUUGUUCCAGGAAUGCAGUCUGAGAGUCUGCCAAGUGUGUUGCUUGUUCCUGCAACAUGGUGACAUGUACAAAUGAAAUCAUGCAUUUUCAAACAUUUAUCAAUCAAGCAACAACCAUGUGAAAGUUCAAGUGUGUUUCAAUUCAUACAAAUUUUCCAUUUUCUGAAGUUAAUGAAACAAAAAUGAAAGUUUUUGGAAACUACAGAUCUUCCAGACACUGGAGAAGUUGUUAUUUUUCAAUAUUGGUGUAUUUUGCUUGAAGGAUAUACCGUAUUUUUCGCUCUAUAAGAUGCACCAGACCACAAGACGCACCUAGUUUUUGGAGGAGGAAAACAAGAAAAAAAAUAUUCUGAAUCCCAGAAGCCAGAACACCAAGAGGGAUCACUGUGCAGCGAAAGCAGUGAUCCCUCUUGCUGUUCUGGCUUCUGGGAUAGCUGCGCAGCCUGCAUUCGCUCCAUAAGACGCACACACAUUUCCCCUUACUUUUUAGGAGGGAAAAAGUGAGUCUUAUAGAGCAAAAAAUAUGGUAAAUAGAAUAAAGGAUAAAAUACAAAGAGCUAGCGGUGUCGUGGUCAGGCCAGAAUAUAAAAUCAGGACAUGGAGGACCAGGGUUCAAAGCAUAAUAGAAUCAAAGAAUUGUAGAGUUGGAAUGGACAGUUCAAUGUGUUUUUAAUCCAUAGGUCUUGGACUCCAUAGUGUUCUAAUCACAAAUUCUUGGGGGAAAUCCAUUGUCUAGAUAUGGCCCAAUUUGAUAAAAUAAUACCAUUGCAAAAGUGUUCUAAUUUUCCUUUUCCGAAAAGAUUCCUGUCUUGAGUUUCUUAGCAAUCUCUGUAUCAGCAGAAUUCAGCAGCUCCUUGGAUCAAUCAUAAUUUACCUCCUACUGCUUAAGACUGGCUGCAUAUUUCUAGAAGGAGCAUAAAAACUAAAAACAAUUUCAGGCUAAGUAAUGGCUUUGGAUGCUGCUUUCAUAGAGCAGAUUAACAAACAUUCAUAAAAGAGAUAUAAUAGUCACUUCGUUUUUCUAGAAAGUGGGAAAAGCAACAAAUGGAUUGCCUUUCUUGGACUUCAUUCUCACCAACAGAGAAGAGCUGGUCAGUAAAGUGGAAGUAGUGGAACCUUGAGAGGAAGUGACCAUUUCCUUUUGGGAUUCAUUAUACAGAGGAAAGGGAAAGCUGAGUGUAGUUGGACAUGCACUCUGGACUUUUAAAAUUUUGAUUUCUAAAAGCAUAAUGAACUACACUGGCUGAGAUACUCAAAAAAUGGGUCAUGAUAGAUGGAGUUUCUUAAAAAAGAUGUUUGAAGGCACAACCACAAACAAUUCCAACAAACAAGUAUAGUAGGAGGUACCUAAAGAAACCAGUGUGGGGGCAUAAGGAACUUUCAGAUGAGCUGAGAUUUAAAGGGGACAUGUUUAAGAAGUGGGUAAGAAGGGGCAGGUUGCAAAGGAAAAGUAUAAAUAAGUAGCCAGUGCUUACAGGGAGAAGGUCAGGCAGGCUAAAGCUCAGAAACAAGCACAGAAUUACAAGAGAGGUUAAAAAUAAUAAGAGGGGUUUUAUGGCUAUGUUUGAAGCAAUAGAAAGAACAAGGAAUUAGUAGGUCCUCUGCGUGGAGAAUACAGAGAAAUGCUUUUGGAUGACGGAGAGAAAGCAGAACUGUUCAACAUCUACUUUGUCUUCACCCAAAAAGAAAGCAGUGUCCAACGUGGUGAUAACAUCUUAGUUUUUCACCCCCAAAAAUCUGAAAGACUGGGGCUUCAUGGCUUCAAAAUGUCCUUACUUUACAUUACUGGCACUGUACAAUUUUUACACUUGACCCUGCAUUCUGGGUUUGGAGUGUAUCUAGUGUGCAACUGACUCCACUUGUCAAUGGGCUAAGCACUGCAUUUGUAUUUACCGUUACAAAUCACCAUAAAAUCAUAACCAUGAGCUAUGAGAACCUGGCACUUGAAAUUUAUUUUUUCCUUCUCAGUAUAUUUUACUGGAUAUUUCUAAAUUAUCCUGUGUAGUUCAACAAUGUCGUGUAGGUCUGAUACCAGUAUGACUACAUCAGAUUUUUGCCUUUGCUGCAAUCCUGUCCCCCUGUAUCUGAGUGUAAGCCCUGUUGAAUUCAAUAGGUAGGACUUAAUUCUGAGUAGGCAUGAUUAGGAUUACACUACUUGUGGAUAGGGCAGUAGUAUAUGUGCACAAUGGUUCUUUGACUUCAGUGCCUAUGAAUCCAUAUGACGGUUCAUAGAACUAAGUACACUAGGUGACUCAGAAGGAUCUGGCUCAGUAUUGCCAUGACUGGAUGCUUCCCAAGCUGCUCCAUCUCUGCAUCUAGGUUUUUGCUUGAGUCUUGUUCUUGUAAUUCUGCAGUGCAAAGAUUUUUCAGAAAGCAUACUUCAGUUGUGUGUAAAUCCAGUAUUAAUCUCUAAUUAUGUGAUCAUAAGUAAGGAAAGUUCAGUUUGCCCCUAAAUUGUUUAGGAUUUUCAGAGGCAGAAAGAUCCAAGACCACAGGAACGGAUCACUUUCUUCUUGCUUUAAGCUUGCUGUCUGAAUCUCUCAUAUUAGACAGUUUGGUAGCUAUGUGUAUAUUAUUUCCUGUUGGUCGACUGGGCUGCAGAGAGAGCUGCGUCAUGGCACUCUUGGGAUGACUAUUAGAAACUGCUAGGAUUUCAGGAAAUGUCUUCACUGUAACCCUUCCAUGGAAAAUAGUUUCUGAUUCAUGUUCUGCAGGGUUACCUUCCACUCUUCCAUUUCACUCCUGAGGCUGCCAGGCUAAUUGUUUUGUUCUUCUAAAAAGAAUCUUAUGAAACUGUGAAGACACAGGCAGUGCAAUACAAUGAGAUAUACAAAUGAGUUUACUUGUUAAGGAUUACUGCAGUUUCUAAGAAAAUAAGUAUUUUUUACUUACUUAAUAAUGUGUUUUAUAUAAUCAAAAAUACAAUUAGAUUAAUUCUUCUUUAUUAUACAAAAGUCUUGGACACUGAACCAUAGAACAGUUGUAUUUUUAAGAAAAAAUAAAGAAAUGAGAUUCUUAAUAAAAAUGUUAGAUGUUGUGAAGCUGUAACUGAAACCAUAGCAACUUAAAGGGGAGACCACUCUUAAUCUUGGGUGGGGGAAAUGCAGUGUAGUUGGCUCUUGAUAGAUGUGGAGUAAGGGAAUACGUUACCAGUGUUAGUUGGGUGGGGGGAGGUACACAUCCAUUUUAUAUAUUUACAAUUGGAGUCUCAAGCUUAAGGUCCGGGGGUUUUAAAGUUCUUUUGGGCUCCAAAUACAGCCUGCCUCAUCCCAAAAACUCUACACAAAUUACUGAACUAUCUUCACAGUUAGAAAUUACAGUCUAGAAAUUGUCACAGUAUGGCAAAAGGAGUGAAUCAGGAGUGGUUGCUACUGCACACCUCAGCAUCAGAGUUGUCCAUGACUACUUUAAAAUUAGCAUUGUUGGUGUGAAAAGCAUAGGACACGGGUAGGCAACCUAAGGCCCGGGGCCCAGAUUCGACCCAGUCGCCUUCUAAAUCCGGUCCGCAGACAGUCCGGGAAUCAGCGUGUUUUCACAUGAGUAGAAUGUGUCCUUUUAUUUAAAAUGCAUCACUGGGUUAUUUGUGGGGCAUAGGAAUUCGUUCAUUAUUUUUUUCAAAGUAUAUUCCAGCCCCCCACAAGGUCUGAGGGACAGUGGACCAACCCCCUGCUGAAAAUGUUUGCUGCCCCGUGGUAUAGGAGGGUGGGAUUCAGUGCAGGUGAGCAGAAAACUAUGGAAUCGGCAUUCUUGUCAGCUUUUCCAGCCAAGAGGGAAUAAUAGCCUGUGGCAUCCCUACCACACUGCCAUAAAAAACCAUAAUUUCUGUUAGAUUUUUAAUCAUCAAUGUGUUUCUCUUUGCAGCAAUGGCAGCCAUUCGGAAAAAGCUGGUUAUAGUGGGUGAUGGUGCCUGCGGCAAGACCUGUCUGCUCAUUGUAUUUAGUAAAGACCAGUUCCCUGAAGUAUAUGUUCCCACGGUAUUUGAAAACUAUGUAGCAGAUAUUGAAGUUGAUGGAAAACAGGUGAGUCUGCACUUCUGCCACUAGCACAUCACCUGCAUCUGUUCUACAGAGUAUAUAGUUAGCAUAAAUGAAUUUAUAGUUAGAGAUCAAUAUCAUGGAUUGAAUCCUGAGUCUCACUUCUGCAAAUGAAAAGGCUUCUUCCAUCUAGGAGAACUGAGUAGGUUUCUGCUGAGGAAAGGGGUUGUAAUUUUCAGUUACCGUAUUUUUCGCUCCAUUGGACGCACUGGACCAUAGGACGCACCAGAUCAUAGGAGGGGGAGAACAGGGAAAAAAUUUUUUUUCUUGUUCUCCCCCUCUAAAACAAGGUGCGUUCAAGGUACAUUCACCAGAGCUUGUGGGGCUGGCGGUGGGGGGAAGCGCUGCUUUCCCCCACCGCCAGCCUCAAAGAUCCCUGAAGCCUUUGGAGCGCAGCGCCCCGCUGCCCUGCACAGGUUUGCGCGCAGCCGUCCCCAAGCUAGAGCAGCGAAACGGAGCCCUCCGUCUCGCUGUUCUGGCUUGGGAACAGCCUUGCUAGCUUCUGCAGGACAGCGGGGUGAAGGCACCCUGCUGCCCUGGAGAGGCUGAGCGCGCAGCCGCCCCCAAGCUAGAGCAGCGAGACGGAGCCCUCCGUCUCGCUGUUCUGGCUUGGGAACAGCCUUGCUAGCUUCUGCAGGACAGCGGGGUGAAGGCACCCUGCUGCCCUGGAGAGGCUGUGCGUGCAGCCGUCCCCAAGCUAGAGCAGCGAGACGGACCGCUCCGCAGUGCUCCGUCUUCCUGUUCUGGUUUUGGGCUUAGCGGCGCAGCCUGCAUUCGCUCUAUAGGACGCACACACAUUUCCCCUUAAUUUUUGGAGGGGGAAAUGUGCGUCCUAUAGAACGAAAAAUACGGUAACUUUUCAUGCACCCCACACUACCUUCUACAGAGAGGUCCCAAGCAUCCAGAGCAGCUGUUGGAGAAAGGAGGAAUCUGCAAAAAAUCACUCCCUUUUCCACCAUAGAGACUAUCCCAUUAGCAAAAUUCUGCUCACAUGAAAUCUGAAUCCAUCCCAAGGAAACUUGAUGAAUCUAUGGGCAUGUGUUUACAUUUGGGGGGUGGCCUCCUGGUUCUCUAAAGAGUUCAUAUAUGGUUGCUACUCUGUGUAAAUAGCACUCUCACUAAAUAGAAGGUUUGACUAGCUUAAUGUUAGAUUGCCCCCCUUUCAAAUCAUUUGGAUGAAAUUGAAGGGUAUUUGUUCUGUUCUCAGUUACAUGCUGCUAAAGUUAAUGAAAGAAUAUCUUAGAAACAGCUUAAAAUGUUGUACAUUCAGUGGGUUAGUAUUGGAACAAACUGUUUUGCCAAUUAAAAUUUUGUGUGGAUGCCUCUUUUGCGCAGAGUGCAGCACAUAGCAGCAUUUUUAAAAAAGUGUGUAGAAGUAAUGAAAAGCAGAACUGAAUCUGUUUUAUUCUUGAUCGCCAGACUUUAUUUUAAACCAAGCUAAAUUUUGUAAGUUUCUUUAUUUUUAAAAUGUAAUGUAUUUAUAAACCACUUAAGACAGUCCCUAAGCUAUUUACAGAAUAACAAAUACAAUAUAUAGCAAUGAAACUUGAGAGGCUACAAUAUAUAAUGCAGUACAAUAUUAAACAUAAAUAUAAUAUUUUGCAAUAAACAAUAAAAUCUUAAACUGCAAAAGUAUAGCAGGUCACUUUGAAGCACCUUUAGAGUCCAGGAUCCCUUCUUCAGCCUCACACUUGCCAAGGCACAUCCUGACUCGCAAAGUGCUACAGUCAUACCCAAAUUCUGCCUUACAGAUACACAAAUCAUACAGUGCUUACUACUAAUUCAGUAUCACCCUCCCCAUUCUACUCCCACACCUUACAUUGCUUCACCAAAACAGCUGCAAGGCCUUCAGAAACAACAGUAUGUAUGUGUGCCAUUUAUACGUGGAUUUUAAAUACAGGAUAUUCCUUUUAAACUGCAGAAGAAUUUAUUAUCCUACUGCACAGCAGUAUUAGCAAUUUCUACGUAAAGGGGAAAACUGGUUAUAUGAAUACAAUCUUGGUCUCUCUUUUCUUUACCCCAGAGAAAUCCUGCCAAGUUUUCCUUUCCUUCUACCGUGCCCUGUAUUUAAGUCUGUCACUCCAGUGGCAGUUUUGUGAGAAUGACAUUUUCACAGAAUUGUUUUCAGUCUUGGUGCUCCUCCUCACUUCUUUGUACAUGAGUGUAGGUGCCCAAGUACAAAAGGUGCAUGCCUCGUGUCAGCUUGGAAUGACUUCUUUGUGAGUUAAAUUGCAACUCUUCCCUACAAUGUAAACAAAUUUAGGGACCUUUAUCCAUUUUGGUCCCUGCUCUUUAAAGAUUUUCACCCAAAAAAAUCAUUGAUUUAAAUACGUGUUUAUUAUGAACUGAAGCAGGGAACAUAUGUCCUGGGGGGUAUUAAAAUGUAAAAUGAGAAGAGGCCUUCAGUUUUAUCUUGGCUGUAAUACUUUGAAUAAUUUGCAAAUUGAUCCAAACCCCUGAAUGUUCAAUCAUAUGCAUCUGGAAAAUGUAAACUGAUAUUUCUGUUAAGCUAUUUCUUAUCAGUACACUACACUAGUGGCUUUCAGUAGAAUAGAAGUUCCUCAGGAACUGUUCAAACUGAAUUUUUGGACAGAGAAUUAAAAGCACUGAAACUGUUUGUGGGUUUUGUUUUGUUUUUUAAACCUUUUAUCCUGCUUUUAGGCAAGACUUAAAGUGGUUUACAAUUAAACAUAUUUCCGUCAAACAUUCAUAAAACUCAAAAUACUCAAUUAUAUCUAAAAACUGUAAAACAGCAUAAGACAAAAUGGUCGUUUAAAACUGUAACCCAAUGAUCAGCAUCCUUAAUUAACCUCCAGAAGCCAGAAUGAAUUUAGGCUGACUGAAAAUAUCAGAGAUUGGCUUGCCUGAUAUCACUCAGCACCGAGUUCCAUAAUUUAGGAUGGGGGGGUGUCCAGAAAAAAGGCCCAGUUUUGUUUGCCUACUUGCAAUUCCUUUUUAUGUUCAUGUUUAUAAAAAUACAAUUGAUACUAAUUCUCCCCAAUUUCCUUUAAUUCAAGGUACUUCAAGCAAACAUCUAUUAUCACAGUCAUAUUUGGUAGUAAUCAAAACCUGCAAUCGGCAAUGCAGUUUUAUAAAAUCUAGCUAACAGUGAAACUCCUGAGCGAUACAGCUAAACACUCAAAUCCAUUUUUUCUAACUAGCGGAGGCCAAACAAAUAGGUGGAUAUUCUUUUUUCAAAGCGAAGCUCUGGAAAUCUGUUCAGGGCCCAUAUAAAGAAGGCCUUUGCUCCUUGCACAGCUCUUCUCACCACUGUUGAAAGUAGCAUAUGGAACAGUGUAUUAUUUCUUUUUAAAUGAGAUAGUGCUUAAAUGGAGAGGGACAUGCUCUGAAAUCUCAGGACAAGAACUUUUAACACCACCCUGACAAGCCUUAUCUAUUAAGGUACCUUCUUUUAUUGACUGAAUGCCCUUAUUCUUCCUGUAGGUGGAGCUGGCCUUAUGGGAUACAGCAGGACAAGAAGACUAUGAUAGACUUAGGCCUCUUUCAUACCCUGACACCGACGUUAUACUUAUGUGUUUUUCAAUUGAUAGUCCUGAUAGUUUAGGUAAGUACUUAAAACUAAAUUCAUGUCAUGUCCUCUAAAUUACUGCAUUACUAGCAGGAUGUCUAUACUAUAUAUAAGCUAAAACUUCAGAGAACUUGCGUUUUCAAUGAAAUAUUAGUUCUUGGGGGAGGGAAUCUCAUUUCUUAAUCAUAGCUGUGAACAAAGUGUAUAAAAAGAUUGCUUUUGUGAAGGUAGGAAAGGAGGCUAAUAUCAAGGACAAAACAGUUAGAGAAUUCAAUGUUUCUGUGUCUAAAACUGAGCUGGGAGAAACAUUAAUUUCCCUGAUGUGAUGAAGUUUGAUCUUGAUCACAUUUUAUUCCACAAGAGGCAAGUUCGUUUCUCUUUAAAUGCUCUUGAAUUUCAAUGCAGAUAUGCGUGGGAAUAGUUUGUUAACCAAGGGUAGCUGUAAUUUUAACAGGGGGGGAAAUAUGUUUUACUUAGCUGAACAUACUUUUGAGAGAAUAUGCAAAAAUAUAAAAUACAUAUUUCUAAGGGCAGUAUUUCUUCCAUAAAUCCAGUUAUAACUACUCUAAACUUGCUCUAAAAUGUACUGUUUAGUGAUUAAUGGGAAUUCAUCAUUGGUUCAGCAGAAAGAGAAUUUUAAGACUUCGUUCUUCUACAGAUCUUGCCAAGUGACUUAAAUCAAGGAAUGGUAGCAGGCUGAGAUUCGUAAUGUUCCUUUCUGCCUUGUUUACUAGCUGAAACAGACUAGUGGCAAAGAAAUGGUGGCAGAAGGUGGGGAAACUGCUAUGGAUUUGGUCUUAGCCAAAUUAGAGAAUGUUGGAGGGAAAAUAUAUUCCAUUAGGAUAAGCUACUUGAGAGCUGCCAAAAUGGAAACUGGAAUACAUUGGAACCAGUGCAAGGAUCACACCUAGGGAAGGGGGGAGGAUCCUGACUGCUCUCACUAACUGCUAACAGCUGGGAAAAUCCCAAAUGGCCUCUUGUUUGGGCUCUUUAAACACUGGUGUCUAGCAUUUUGAGAGCCCAGCCAGUAAGGCUGGUGAGGGAUAUGGGAAAAUGAGCUCCCAUGGAAAUUUGCUGUACAUGUGUUACCUUAAUCUUGAACAGAAGAUUGAUUUUCUGAUUUUUAUUUAUUUUUAUUUCAGAAAACAUUCCCGAGAAGUGGACUCCAGAGGUGAAACACUUUUGCCCCAACGUACCAAUCAUCCUGGUAGGAAAUAAGAAGGAUUUGAGGAAUGAUGAACACACAAGGCGGGAACUGGCCAAGAUGAAGCAGGCAAGUCUUUUUUCCCAUUUCCAUGCAGUGUCUGUUCCUCUUGUAUGUGCUACUGGGGGCUUGGGCUGAGGCUGAAAAUCUUUAUUUUACUAAUACAGCAGCUUAGAAAGUACUUGAAUUUUAAAGUAUGUAUAUCCUAAAAGAUGCUUUGGAAUCUGCCUGCUAAGUAGCUUGAAUUCUUAAGAGUCACGCUUACUGUAGGCUACUUCCUAUACUGGUGCUUCUCAAUUUUCUCCUCAUAGAGCAGCUGCUCGUUCCUCUCUGUGACUUGCUAGAAAUUGAUCCCAUCAUAUGAAGGUGUUCUACAACUUUGAGGGACGGGUUUUCUAAUGUUGGUCACCAGGAGCAGAUAUCUACAUUCAUACCUUGGGUUACAGACGCUUCAGGUUGCAUUUUUUCGGGUUGCGGACCACCAAAUCACAACCCACGUGUGCGCAGCCACACCGCUGCGGGUUGCGAACGUGCAUCCCGCACGGAUCACAUUCACAGCCUGAGCAUCCACUGUACUACCAAGAGAGUAUGGAUGACAGAGUUGGCAAUCUGAGUGUUACAUUAUAUUUUGACCUCUUCAUGUAGUGAGUUAAUUUAGAUUUGAUAGUAUUUGUGUGCCCGGGCAGCUGGUGCCCACUAGACCUGGUGGGGCUGCUAGGAGGCCAUGGGGCGUGGUCACAGGGGUACAGCCAAGUUGUUCCAGUUUUCUCCCUAUCCUCCUCCCUUGCAAAGCUGUAGAUACUCAACCUCUGCAGUUUUACAAACCACAAAAUUUUACAUAUUUUACAAAAACCUGACUUAAAGAGAAAACUCUCCUAAUUUGGUUCAAAAGAGGUCCAUGUUGCCGCAAUUUCUAUUGUGGGUUUAUGCCAAAGAAACUGUGCAUUGCUCAGAAGUAAGUCCCACUGAAUUCCAUGGUAAUUGCUUCCUGAUAAGUAUGUAAAGGAUUGUAGCCUGAAUUAGCUAAUCUCAAAGUUGCCACACAGGACUGUCAACAAGGGACACUAUAAAUUUCCAGAUCUAUGGGAAAAGAUUAUUCCCUUUCCCCAGCUUCUUCAUUUUUACACAUUUUUUUCCAGAAUGUGGAAGAAGGUGGAGGGAUAUUAAGACUAGAACCUGGGAGACUAGGGUUAAAAUCAUCCAUGAAACUCACUGUGUGACCAUGGGUCAAUCCCUCAACCUAACCUACCUCACAGGGUUGCUGUGAGGAUGACAUGGGGGGAAAUAGACUCAUGAAUGCCACCAUGACAUCCCUGGAGGAAAGCUGUAAUGGCUAUACUGAUGAAUGAAUAAACAAAAUUAAAAGUCUUUUUCUUGCCUGCCUGCCAACAAUUUUGAAUUGUUGGGAGGAGACCAGUGAAAAGAACAUGUGACACAAUCAGGAUCUUCAUGCCUGCAAACAGUAGACUUUACAUGUAGGUCCCCAGCAAAUCCAGUGUGCGGCUGUCUGCUAGGGCAAGCUUUCCUUAGAUGGAUGUGCAGACAAGGUGCAAUCCAUGAUCCUGUAUUUGGUAUACCGAGUUCUCAUCUGAAUCAUCCCCCACGCCAUCCUCCUUUUUGUAAUAGCAUUUUAAGUUUUAAGUGUUUGAGUAUUUUUAUCUUCACAUCAACCCUUUAAAGUAGAUAAUAGUGUAAUUUUAGCAAAGCAACUGAAAGAAAAGUACUAGCAGCACUUUAAAGACUGACAAAUUUAUUACAGCAUAAGCUUUUGGGGGCUAAAGCCCACUUCGUGUCCGCAGCACACGCAGCCCCCCCCCCCCCUUGAGGACACGCAAUUAGAAAUUUAGUUCUUUAUUGUCAAAGCACUCCUAAGGUGCAAGAAUCACCUGCACUGCUCCUGCUAAAUAGGUAGCUAGGCAUCUCCUCCUUCACUCCUGUGCUCUGAUCCAGACAACAGUGCAGCCACGCCUCCAUCAGCACAUUUAAGCCCCCUUAAGUGAAUUUCAUCCCUGCUACCAAACCUUCAAAGAUUCGGCUCUAGUAAUUGCAUCUUGCCAGGAGACAGUACAGAAGAGUCUGCCUGGCUUUCCUGAGUUGGGAAUAGCAACAUUCUAUUAUGCCUCUGGACAACUAAACAAAAGUAUAAUAAAACUGUAUAAUUGCAAAUAGUUUACAGUAUUUUUAUUUUUCAUGGCGUGGGCACAUCCCCUGGUCUGUCUCUCUACCCAGAUGGCCAAAUCUAACUGUUCAGUGGCAUAUACUGGUCCAUCGCCAGAAUUCCAUAGUGCAGUACUAGAUUUCCUGAGCUGGGCAAGCAAUAUGCUGUGGUAAGAAAACUGCCACAGGUACAAAGGGACAUUUCAUACGUUGCUGCAGUAAUAUGAUUGCUUCUAAAGCAAGAUCAUCACAUGGAAAGUUCCAUGUCGGCAUCGUGCCUACCUAGGCUUGCUUUGUGGAGCAGCUUUAGGAUCUAAAGUUUAGGUCAUUGUCUCAGUAUUUUUUUCAGUACUGGAGAAUAUUCAAGAUGUUGGACAAACAUUAUUGACUACUUGAUGCUAAAACAUUAUGCCCUUUUCUUUAGUAAAAAUGCUUGCUCACAGUGAGGAAGCCUAGUGUUACGGGUGCAGAGGGAUUCACUGUUAGAGAUAUUUAUCUGCCUCUUGGUAACAUCCUGCAAUAUGAAUAAAUUAGGUUUCUUGACUCCUAUGUAAUAGUCCUUUUAAACUGCACGUCUAUACCUGACAUUUCUCUAAAAGCCCAACAAAUUCUUAAGUUCAUUUAAAUCACUAAGAUGUGUGUUGCAACAUGUCAUUAACUUACAAAACAGCUGUCACCUGAGCAGUAGCUGGGGCAGUAACUAGUCCCCCUUUUCUGCUACACAUACUGAGGAAUAAUGCAGCAAAUAAAUGAUCUCACAAUUUUUCUCUUUAAGGAAGAAGAGAACCACAGGGAAUAGAACGUAGGUUUUAGGAUUCAAGUUUUUGAUGGCUUACUGGCACUGUCUGCUGCACUAUGAAACCUACUGGUACUGUACCAAACCAUUUUUAAGUGUUCACUUCAAUUUUAGAAGGCCUCACUUUGCUAGAAGAGCAUUGCCAGAAGUUUAUUCCCUUCAUAAUAGCAGCAGAGAAUCAGGGGCUUGCAUCUGAAUUGGGAGGAUAAAAACCAAAAUGGUCCGUCUUCCUUCCUUUUGAACUAUGUUAAUUGUUUUUGUGUUUGUACAGGAGCCAGUGAAACCUGAAGAGGGCAGGGAUAUGGCAAACCGCAUUGGUGCUUUUGGAUACAUGGAGUGCAGUGCAAAGACCAAAGACGGUGUGAGGGAAGUUUUUGAAAUGGCCACUAGAGCUGCUUUACAAGCCCGGCGUGGCAAGAAAAAAUCUGGGUGCCUUCUCUUGUAAAGCACGGCCAGGGGAAGAUGGCUGAAGCAGCGCCCUGCACUCGAUAAAUUUUUGAAGUGCUGUUUAUUAAUCCUAGUGUAUGAUUACCAGCCUUUUUCAUUUAUCUAUAAUUUACUUAAGAGAUUUAAAAUUGAGUCUUGCUACCAGUAUUUAGAAGCCAACCAUGAUUUUUUUAUAACGGUCUGCAUCAAAUACAUCUGUGCACACAAGGGUUAACUUCAACAUUCCUUUAACAAAACUUUCUCUGCACUUGCAGGAUAUGCCAGGCGCUAAUUCAAGACAAUUCUCUAACUUCUUGCUUUUUUUAGAAAUGGGGAGGGGAAAGCUGGUAACACUGAGAAUUGGGCUGUAACUACUUCAUAACUAACAUGUUCUAGCUUAUUCAGGCACAACAGACAUGGCUGUGGAUGAGGUCCUGAGUAACUUCAGUAUUUUCACAUUUGAUUUCUUCCCUCCCCCCCCCCCCCCGAUUCUGUACUCAAAGGCUCUGAAGUGUAAAAUUGGUGGUUGGAAAAUGUGAUUAUCCUGAAAUGACCAAAGUCCCAUCCAGCUAUGAAAAGUGACAGUUCUGUUGUUUCAUGUUAGUUACCUUAUAGUUACUGUGUAAUUAGUGCCACUUAAAUGUAUGUUACCAAAAAUAAAUCUAUAUACCCCAGCCUAGAUGUAGUAUUUUUUGUAUAAUUGGAUUUCCUAAUACUGUUGCUUGUAACUUCUGUGUAAGGUGUUCUGGGUUUUUUAAUAGUGUAUUGCAAAAUAAAGUCAAAUGGAGAUUGAUGCCCUUUCCCCAUUUGUAAUUGUCCAACCCAUUUGUAUGACUUAAACAUGCCCAGAAAGCUCAUCUUAAUACCUCCUUUGGAGCAAGGGAAAAGCAGCUGUUUUACAGUCAAGGUAACUGAAUGUUUCAGAAGCUUUAAGUUAACCCCUGCUGAAUCCAGCUCCAAGCUGAAAAUGCAGUUUCUUGUUAAUCUGCUGGCCAAAUUCCCAUCCUGUGAACAUCUUGCUGUUCUGCAGCAAACUAAACUCUCUUCUGUAUUUCCUGUUUCCAACAACUAAUAAAAUAAAGGCAGUUUUCUAAGCUCCCUGUA